AUGAUUACAACUUGCAAUGAUAGUCACAGUGACUUCAUCCUUCUGGGCUUCUCUGAUAAGCCACUUUUGGAGAAGAUAUUAUUUUGGAUUGUUUUGAUUUUUUAUUGUCUGACUAUUGCAGGAAAUACGCUUAUAAUUCUUGUCUCCUGGAAGGAUCCUAAAUUCCACAUCCCAAUGUAUUUUUUUCUUUCCAAUCUUUCCAUUCUAGAUCUCUGUUUCACCAGUAGCUGUGUCCCACAGAUGUUAGUUAAUUUCUGGGGUCUGGAGAAGACUAUCAGCUACAUUGGUUGUGCAAUUCAACUUUAUGUCUUCUUGUGGCUUGGUGCCACUGAAUGUGUCCUUCUUGUGGUCAUGGCUGUGGACCGUUAUGUAGCAGUGUGUCAUCCACUUCAAUAUACCACUAUUAUGCAACCAAAACUAUGCCUGCAGCUGGCCAUUCUUGCAUGGGGGACUGGUCUGAUUCAGUCUCUGAUCCAGUCCCCUACUACACUUCAGUUACCCUUCUGCUCUCACCGGAGAGUGAAUGACAUUGUGUGUGAAGUACCAGCCCUGAUUCAGGUCUCCAGUGCAGACACUACGUACAAUGAACUUCAGAUGUCCAUAGCCAGUAUUAUUCUUCUGGUGGUACCCUUGAUUAUUAUCCUUUCCUCUUAUGGUGCUAUUUCUAAGGCUGUGCUAAAAAUAAAGUCAAUCUCAGGACAGAAGAAAGCAUUUGGCACCUGUACUUCUCACCUUCUUGUGGUCUCCCUCUUCUAUGGUACAGUCACAGCUGUCUAUCUUCAACCCAAAAAUCACUAUGCUCAUGAACGAGGCAAGUUUUUCACUCUUUUCUAUACUGUUGUAACCCCUACUUUGAAUCCACUGAUAUACACUCUUAGAAACAAGGAGGUAAAGGGGGCACUAAUAAGACUCGGAAAGAAGACCUGGAAUUUCCAAAAUAACUAG